CCUCCAUGCCUUUCGCUUAACCAGCUGGCUGGGGAAAAGGGUUGAGAAAGUAGAGGACUCAGGGCAAAGAAAGUGCACGCCUCUCAGUAACUAAACCCCGCCCCAAUCCUAUUUUUAUUUGUGGAUGGGAUGGGAUGGGCUGGGCUCUGGCUCCUCCCCUUGUUUCAGUUUCAUUUCUAAUCAUUGAGCUGCCUUCCCUGGGCUUUCCAGAACUCCAGAAGGCUCAGCAGAAACCAGGCUGGUUUGCUCUCUUCCCCCAACCCGGUCACCCCAGUUCUGGCCGCAGCAGGUUCCAGAAUGGAGCUGCGACCCUACCAAUGGGAAGUGAUCUUACCUGCUCUGGAAGGCAGGAAUAUCAUAAUAUGGUUGCCUACGGGCGCUGGCAAGACCCGGGCAGCUGCUUUUGUGGCCAGGCGGCAUCUAGAGACAGUAGAUGGAGGCAAGGUGGUGGUGCUGGUCAACAGGGUACACCUGGUGAGCCAGCAUGCUGAGGAGUUCAGGAGCAUGUUGGAUAAACGCUGGACCAUGACUACCCUGAGUGGGGACAUGGGACCACGAGCUGGCUUUGGCCUAAUGGCUCGGAGCCAUGACCUGCUCAUCUGCACAGCAGAGCUCUUGCAGCUGGCGCUGGUCAGCUCAGAAGACGAGGAACACGUAGAGCUCACAGAGUUCUCCCUGAUCGUGGUGGACGAGUGUCACCACACCCACAAGGAUACGGUCUACAACGUCAUUCUGAGCCGCUACUUAGAGCACAAGCUACAGAGGGCAAAACGCCUUCCCCAAGUGCUGGGGCUCACGGCCUCCCCAGGCACUGGCGGGGCCACCAAGCUCCAAGGGGCCAUUGACCACAUCCUACAGCUCUGUGCCAACCUGGAUACGUGGCGCAUCAUGUCACCAGAGAAUUGCCGCCCCCAGCUGCUGGAGCACAACCCGAAGCCCUGCAAGCAGUAUGACCUCUGCCAGAGGCGCAGAGAGGACCCUUUUGGAGACUUGCUAAAAGAGCUUAUGAAACAAAUUCACCAGCAACUAGCAAUGCCUGAACUGAGCCAGCAGUUUGGAACGCAGACUUACGAGCAGCAAGUAGUGGUGCUGAGCAAGGCUGCCGCAGAGGCAGGACUCCAGCAACGGCGGGUGUAUGCGCUCCACCUGAGGCGCUACAAUGACGCGUUGUUGACCCACGACACCGUCCGCGCACGGGAUGCUCUUGACAUGUUGCAAGAUUUCUACCACAGGGAGCGCGCCACGAAAACUCAGAUGUUGCGUGCUGAGCGCUGGCUGCUGGAGCUCUUCGAUGGCCAUAAGAAUGAGCUGGCCCAGUUAGCAGCUCGUGGGCCCGAGAAUCCGAAGUUGGAGAUGCUGGAAGGGAUCCUGCUGAAGCAAUUUGGGAGCCCCAACCACCCUAGGGGCAUCAUCUUCACCCGAACCCGCCAGAGUGCUUCCUCCCUCCUGCUCUGGCUUUGGCAGCAGCCUGGCCUACAGAAAGUGAACAUUAAGGCCCAGAUGCUGAUUGGGGCAGGGAAUACCAGCCAGAGCACACACAUGACCCAGAAAGACCAACAAGAGGUGAUCCAGGAGUUCAGGGAUGGUACCCUGAACCUUCUAGUUGCCACAAGUGUGGCAGAGGAGGGGCUUGAUAUCGCCCAGUGCAAUGUGGUGGUACGCUAUGGGCUCCUGACCAAUGAGAUCUCCAUGGUCCAGGCCAGGGGCCGGGCUCGAGCUGGUCAGAGCGUGUACUCCUUUGUGGCGACAGAGGGUAGUCGGGAGGUGCAGCGGGAACUGACCAAUGAGGCUCUGGAGGUGCUGAUGGAGCAGGCAGUGGCUGCAGUGCAGAAGAUGGACCCCCAAGAGUUCAAGGCCAAGAUCCAGGACCUGCAGCGAGCAGCUCUGGUGAAGCGAGCAGUGCGAGCAGCCCAGCGGGAGAGUCAGCAGAGGCAGUUCCCAGCGGAGCGCGUGCAGCUCCUCUGCAUCAACUGCAUGGUGGCCGUGGGCUACGGGAGUGACCUGCGGAAGGUGGAGGGCACCCACCACGUCAAUGUGAACCCCAACUUCUCGGUCUACUAUACCGUCUCCCAGAAGCCUGUGGUCAUUAACAAGGUAUUCAAGGACUGGAGGCCUGGAGGGACCAUUAGCUGCAGCAGUAACUGUGGGGGAGGUAAGUGAGGGGCUAUCUCUCAGGCCAAGAACCCUCAACCCCAGACCCCAGAGGCCCUUGAUCUGGGAAAAGAGACCUCAUACAGAGUGGCAAUACAAGUCCUGCCUGGGUAACCCACAGUCUCUGCUCUAGUCCCGUCUUAGGGAGCCCCACUGCAUGAUUGGCCUUAGGUGGCAGAUACAGCCCUGGUCAUUACAGAAGUCCAACUCGGGGACAGAAACCCAGAUGUUGACUUUUGUCCCAACACUAGGUCUGGGGCUUGCAGAUGAUCUACAAGUCAGUGACCUUGCCGGUGCUCAAAAUCCGAGGCAUACUCCUGGAGACCCCUCACGGGAGGAUCCAGGCCAAAAAGUGGUCCCGGGGUGCCCUUCUCAAUACCUGAUUUUGACAUUCUACAGUACUGUGCCCAGAACCUGUCUGAUCUCUCCCUGGACUGACCACUUGUGGCUGUAGUACCUAGCUCAGACUGCAGGGGGCAGGAUAGUCCAGCAAAGCCAUUCCCCUCCCCCUGGGUGGUACGCUGGUCAAGGGUAGGGGGGAACCUUUAUUCUGCCACAGAUAUUCUUAUACACCUUGGGAUGGAGUGGAGAAGAAACUGAUAUAGGAGAAUUGCCCAGGGCAGCUUUUGGGUUUUUGUUUUGUUUUCUUUUUGAAAACAAAAUUAAAUUAAUUUUGUUUCAUAAAUAAAAAUUGUUAAAAUGAGAUAGAAAAUAAUGUAAUACCUUUUAUUUUGAAGUAUAAUUGAUGGAAAAUAAACCUCAUAUCAAUAA